AUGCGUGUAAAAUUUCGUCCCACUUCGUUUCAGCCCGGAUUCGGACUUCUUUUUGAUAUUGAUGGCGUCCUCGGUCGCGGAGCAAACGUAUUCCCACAGGCACAAGAGGCCUUCAAAUUGUUGUGCGAUCCGGAUGGAACGGAACUCCGCGUACCAGUGGCAUUCGUGACUAAUGCUUGUGGGAAUACCUUAUCCAAGGUUGAACGUCUGUCGAGAUGGUUCAAUGUCGAGAUAGAUCCAGAACAACUGAUCCAGGCUCCCAGUCCACUGACCGUGUUCAAAGAAUACCACAAGAAGCGGGUUUUGGUAAUUGGCCAGGAGAAUGUUCUGGAAAUUGCUCACGAAUUAGGCUUUCUUAACGCGGUUUGUUUGGACGAUGUCAGAGCAGCUUAUCCCCUACUGGAUAUGGUUGAUCACGCGAAUCGGCGACGCAUGCUCGUGAUCGCUGUGUUUUUUCACUUAGCGAUCAUUCUUCUGGGUGAACCAACACGCUGGGAGUCAAACUUGCAACUCUUGAUUGAUCUGCUUAUGACCAAUGGGAAGCCAGAUCACGUGCCCACGGAUCCACCUGAGGAGCACAUUCCAGUCAUAGCUUGUAACAUGGAUCUAGUUUAUAUGGAUCAAGCGGCUUUGCCUCGAUUCGGACAUGGAGCGUUUCUUGCUUGCCUGCAAGCCCUCUAUCGACAGUUUACGGGACGGAAGCUGCAGUACACUUCACUCUUGGGUAAACCGAGUGAGAUCACUUUCCGUUUCGCUGAACACACCCUCGCAUUAAUGGCCAAACGAAUGGGAUACAAACGAACGAUUGAUCGGCUGUAUUUUUUCGGACUACUGAACUAUCACGUGUUCUUGAUUUUCAACCCUAAACAUUAUGGACGUUUCGUCGAAUCAGCUGAGAUAUUCUCGUUACUGUGGUUUGAUACAUUGCACCUUCAUUUAUUUUUCUUACCUUGUCCCAAUUCAAGUGACAACCCGGACGUGGACAUAUUGGGUUCUAAUUUGUACAAUAACUUCCUACGACGUUUUCGACACUUUUCUGGUGGAGACAAGUUUGGCAAUGAUGAACACGUGCAGCGCGUUUCGGUAUCGCAGUCGCGCACUAUGCCCCCACAAGCUGACCUACUCCCGCAAACGGCUCGCGGCAUUGAUGGUGAGUUGUUGGGCUUAAAACUAUUGAUUUCCCUCAAAGAUUGUUUCAGUGAGAUGCGCUCCCUCUCUGGCGUGUCAUCACCUGAUUGUGACGCCCGUCAACAAGAGUUGCUUAAUCAGUCUUCACAUUGA